ACAAAUUUACUAAGAAGUAUAAAGACUAUAAUUUAGAGGAUAAUGAACACGUGGCUACCAGAAUAAACUGUUAAAAACAAAAUGAGAACGCCAGUUGAGACUACUUUGUAGCAUUCAUUUGUGCUGCUAAAUCAAGACGCUUCCAAUAGCCAUGAUAAAAUAACAAAACUGUGUUGUGAGAUAUUGUAUCAGACAAUGCUCACAGUUGCAUUUUUACUUAUGUAAUGUUAAAAAAAAUCAAAUUCAUGUAUGUUUUUUAAAUUGAACAGGUCCCACAGGAACACCAAGCGUCUGACAUGCACUUUUCUUUAGAUGGCUCGGUUAAAGUUCCCAGUUAUUUCUGCAGCCACACUGCCACCUAAAUAAACAAUCCUCUCUGUGCAUCUGCACUCACACGGGCCGGUUCAGUGGUCUCCUCCAAGCCUGCAGAUCCACAUCAAAUGCUCUUGAACACUGGCCUCCGCUGUGCUCUUAUGCUUUGACAGCAGACUGCCAGGAAUUCAAGUGAUCAUUUUAAGUUACAAACCGCAUGGGUAUGUCUGAAUAUGUAUGUAUAAUCACAAGUUCAUCAUGGAGAACAGAACAUGCGUUUGGUUACCUGUUGAAGGCUAGUGUGCCAGGCUUUGAAGCUACUAAAGUCAAUGGGAAUUCAGAUUAAAAUAUCUAAAACUAUUAAACGCAUAGUUUGAAAUGCAACUUGUGGUAGAUGCAGUUUUGUGCUGCUAGACUAGACUCUUAAGAAAAUGACAUAAAAACAGGACUGCCUCAGUAUUUAGCAUUGAUGUCUGGGAAUUAAAAUAUACAUGGAAUUAAUUUUCUAGAAUUAAAAAGACACAAAAAGCAGAAAAAAACAACAAAAAAUUGUCACAUAGUAUACAUAAAUGUAACAAGUAAUCACAGAGUCCCUUCUUUGAAAUUGCAAAUAUCACAUGACAAAGCUUCAAGGGCUCCAUCCUGUCAGGUUGUCAUGGGAACCGUGUAUCCCUCCCCACUCUGCCUCGUAGUCCCUCAGGAGAAAGCUGUGCACCUGUGAUUCCCCGAUGCACAGCUGAAAACAAAACCAAUCUCUCCCAACCUGUUAGAUAAUAUCUGAGUGGGAACCUGCAUCCGUGAAAUGCGUGAGGGAGCAGACGGCUGUGACAUCUCUUUAAACAAACUGCAGCCUCAAAUCUGUGUGUGGAGGCAGAGAAAGGGAGCGAACACAUCUCAUUUAGAUUAAUGAGAGGCUGCACACUUGGCGGCUGAAUGUUAUGAUCACGCUUGUUUGAGGAGUGGCUCUUGCUUAGUAGAUGAACAAUAUAAUUUUGCUAAGGUGGCGUGUUCAGGUCUCUUAUUAUUGUAGCCGCUGCGCGAUAUUAAAAUUCCCACACAUUUAAUUUUGUAAAUGCAUGGGUUGCAUGAGGACACUUCCUAGAAUAGAUUACGCAGGCCUCAAAUGGUGUCCCCUGUUUUAAAGCAGCAAUUGCAAUGCAGAUUUCUUAUGUUGGGUUUUUUAAUUGUCUGGUUAUUCAUCUUAAUUUCUUAUUUAUUUGUAUUAACUUGUUUAUACUGUUAAAGUCCAAUUGCCAAGUUUUUGGUUAAGUGCAAUGCAUGCUAUGUGUGCAUGGUGAGUGUCAGUGUGUUGUAGUCCUUGGUUCACCUGCAGGAGGAGCUGUGGCUCGCUGCAGCCUCUCUGGAGCAGAAGAGAGAGAUCCCUCUUUUUCUCCUUCAGUGGCAUGAAUAAUAUCCCCAGUGCUGGAGAGAGAGCAUAUCAAGAGGCAAACGGAAAGGGGAGAGAGAUAGCAGCCAGUGUGACAGAUAAGAGCGUGGCAGAACUUGUCUUCUUGACUGCACCGUGGGCCGGGGAAAGAGAGAACAAGUGCACCAGAGUGUCAGGCAAGGCUGCUGCCUGCACACACAAACACACUCACAUUCACACACUCACACACACAGACACAGACAGACCCCACAGCCCGGCUGCACCAGAAGAAGUUCAGAGAGAAGACUGACCUCAAAAAGGUGGGUUGGCACAAGUUUUGCCUGUGGAUUCACCCAAACAUUAUGGCUUUCCUCAAACUGAGCCUUCUUGUCCUGUAGAGGAGUUGUGUGUUUCCCCACCAGAAGAACUUGUCUCGUGCUCGCAGCCUGAGGGAGGAUGGAGAAGCUGUCAGGGAAAGACAAAGAGCUGAUACGAGGCAGCUGGGAGAGCCUAGGCAAGAACAAAGUUCCCCAUGGCGUCAUCAUGUUUUCCAGACUGUUUGAGCUGGACCCUGCGCUCCUCAGUCUUUUCCACUACAGUACAAACUGUGGUUCCACACAAGACUGCCUCUCCAGCCCUGAGUUCCUGGACCAUGUCACCAAGGUGAUGCUCGUGAUCGAUGCAGCAGUCAGCCACCUGGACGACCUUCACUCCUUGGAGGACUUUCUGCUCAACCUCGGGAGGAAGCAUCAGGCAGUGGGAGUCAACACACAGUCAUUUGCUGUGGUGGGGGAGUCCCUGCUCUACAUGCUGCAGUGCAGUCUGGGCCAGGCCUACACAGCACCGCUGCGUCAAGCCUGGCUCAACAUGUACAGCAUCGUGGUAGCAGCUAUGAGCCGAGGGUGGGCCAAGAAUGGCGAGGACAAGGCCGACUGAGGCGCACAGCGGGAGCUGCUGAGCAGUUGCUGUCAAAUCAUCAACAUGGUUGCCAUGGAAUAAGGUUGUGUAACUUGCAGCAUUGUGGCUUUAGCUGCUGUACAUUUGCUCUGUGAGUGGGGUCGCAUAUAGCGUAGCGGCUGUAUGGCAUAGUUACACUUGUCAAUUCGACCGUCCAAUCGCAGAGUUUAUUUUCUUUGCUGUGGAUGUUUAGCUACCAAACAAUGCUGCUGUUAAGCUGUGAGAAUCUGAGCCAGCCUGCUUUGGUUCUCCUAAGUCUGGACCUGUAAUCUGAACGCCUCGAACUGAGAAAAAGCAUUUUGGAUAACUGUUGAGUCUCUUUGUAUAUAAUGGCUUUGAUAUAUCUAUUCAAAUGAUAACAGUGACUGUAGUGGUCUUGGUGAUGUAUCUUAAAAGAGUUGCACACUUGUGAAACAAUACAUAUUACAUUUAGGCAUCACACACUACUCAAACUGUGAUGGUUACUGUGGCCAGCAGGGCAGCUCUCUAACUAACUGGAACACAGUGAUACUCAACAAAACUUGUGAGACAAUGCAAUGUCAUUUUACAGAAGAAAACCUGAUCACUUUAAUCGUAUUCAUUACUGUGUGUUUUUUUUAAAUUGAUAUUACACAUUACACUUUUUGUGAGUGACUUUGUUAUCUAACUUUUAAGCUACUGAAGAUAAGCAAAGCGAAUUUAUAACAUUAUAUUCAAUAGAUACUGACAAGAACUGUUAUACUCUCUGAUAGCUUUUUUCAGCGAUCUGUGACUGUUAAGGCGUCCACGUGCACCUUACUCGACACGGUGCGUGAUGCUCUCCUCAGUCGAGGUUGUGAGUAUUUCGGUAGGCGUCUGAUGACUGUUAAACUCUAACUCAUAGACUGUUAUGUGACCUUUAGCAUUUGAAAAUGAAUGGAAUCUUGGAGGAAUUCUGACAUCUGUGUUCCUUGGCUAUCAAUUUCCAGUUAUUGUUAGUGUGAAGUAGUUUGGUUGUAUUGUAGUUGCCUAUCUUAGAAAUGCUUAUUACCUGCAUUGUUGCGACUACUUAUGUAGUUUUCCCCUUGGCUUUAGAGCUGAAAAUAACCAGAGUGGCUUGUGUUUCUCCAACACAGAGUAUCUAUGUGGAACUGAAGCUGGAUAUUAAUACUUAUUUAGACUUAAUGACACAAAUGGAACAGUAACUGAUGACAAUAUUCCAUUUAAUUUAUCAACCCAAAACAAAUAAUACAGAGAUACUGUGUGCUAACACUGUCCAAUAUGUGUGUAUUAUUAUCGCUGCCAUAACACUGUAUGUAUCAUCGUCAGUUGUUAUUUACAUUCAUGGCCAGAAUGCCAAGUAACUUAGCAACAGUGCGCCAAGUAUUAGAUAAUAACACCAUACAACUGUAAAUCCAAGCUGCUGAUAUGUGGUUAUUAUCGCUUUAGUCUGAGUUUAUAUUUAAAAAUUUUAUUUUUAUAUUCUCUGAAUAGUAUGUGCAGUGAAAGAGCAUUGACUUUUUUCUCAUAUGUCAUGAACAGAACAUCCUGGAGAUAUCUUGUGUGGAUUCCACUUCAUGAACCCAAUAUGAGAAAACCAACUGGCAACUUAUAAUCAGGUUUCGUUUAAUUAAGAAAAGUGAAAAAUUACAACUCCGUAAUGUCCAAUUCCUACAGAAAAGUAAAAAACAGGGUUGUUUUGAGCUGUUUUUUCCCUCCAUAGUCUGUACUUUCCAGCCCACAGGUGUGAUGUUUGUUAACUGACUGUGUAGGUGGUGUAUUUAUAGUGGCUCUUUUUUAGUAUGUUCGCCGCCCUAUGCAGGUUGUUCACCAUGUUUCUUUCCUGAAUUACCUGACAGUAUGUAUUUUUAGCUGGCAUGACUGACCACUGGCCUGUUAUCUUUUUAACAUCCAGAUGUGUAUAUACAGUAUAUUGGGUGUGUCACUGUCUACCUCAUCAUUAUCAGCUGCUACUGAACAGCGAUGACUUCACCUAGUUAUCCUUCAACCAAAAAACGCACAUUAUUAUUCGAGUUAAUAAGAGCACGCACUCUUUGUAAGCUGGAUUCCAUCCUACACUUUAAAGAAAAAAAACAUGUUAUGUGCUUACUGGAGCCUAAAUAAAGUGAUCUGUGGAUAUUUUACUGCUGAA